AUGGCUGCUCUUAGGAGAAGGCUAACUGUAGUCGGAGAUGACUGCUGUGGUAAGACGUGCCUCCUCUUUGCUCUGUGUCACGAACAGCUUCCCAAGUCCUACGAGCCAACCGUGUUUGACGCUUACACCACUGACACAGAGGUAGAUGGCAAGGAGGUGAAACUAAUUCUCUUCGAUGUGGCAGGGAAGAAUGAAAUCAGUUACCGAAACCUCCGCUCAGUGUUCUACAAGGGCACCGACGUUAUUUUAAUGUGCUUCUCUGUGGACAGGCCUGACUCGCAGCAAAACAUCCUUGAUUUUUGGCUUCCAGAAAUCAAACUGUUCUGCCCCACAGUACCUGUUAUUCUGGUGGCUACCAAGAUAGACCUAAGGGGUGAUGAAGGUGUUAAGAAACUAACUACUCCAGGCAACGAGCCAAUUAAUGCUACAGAAGGAAAAGCUUUAGCUGCCAGCAUCGGGGCAUAUGCUUACCUGGAGUGUUCUGCCAAGACAAAAGAAGGUGUUGAUGCAGCCCUGGAGAUUAUUAGCCAAUGUGCAUUAAAUGUGAAAAGGAGGCGAAAGAGGCACUGCAGGCACUGCCGAAUUUUGUAAGAGGAGUGAACAUUAUUUUGUUGUCAGAUUUCAUGAUGCGUAGAGCACUUGCAGGCAGAAGACAUGAAGUAAAGGGAAUGCCAACAACCACGCUCUCCGCUUUGCGAGUCAUUAACAAUCUGGAAAGAGACUGAGACAUGCUGUCAGCCUAAGCAGAAAAUCUCAGAGGCACGGAGAUGGACCAAAAUGGAAAGACUUUGGGUGCAUCUCCGCACUCCUCGCUCCUCUGAAGCACUGAUCGCUGGCAGCCCAGGGAACUGAGUUAUGGACUGACAUUAAAGGUGCAAGUCUGGGAGCAGGUAAAUAAUGUGACUGCAGGAUUUGAAGGCACAUGCCGUAACACAGUAAGUGAAGAGAGGAAUGUUUUAAGGUAAACCCCUUAUGAUUCUGAAGUAACGGUACAGGGCUAAUUGAGCAUAGCUGUCAUGAACUAGGGGAAUAUGGAAGCCUACCACUUUCUUCUGCUGACUUCCUUGGUGGUGGCUUCAUCACCUUGGCAGCUUGGCUACAGUUUCCCAGGGGGAAACAAAAUGAGAGUAACCACAAAUUUCUAAACUGAUGAUGCUACCUGGAGCUGUACACCUAGAAA